GUGUGUAAGAGAGAAUGAGUAUGUGUGCGCGCGCUCAGUCUCGAUGUUAUUCUCCAAACUGUUUGGAAAGGUUCCAUUCCCGCGGUAAAAGAGAAGAGGCAAUAGGGUACGUAAAUAGUCGGAGCAUUUGAUUGGUAUGGCAGUAUUUUUCCGCCGCGGGGUUCGGGGCUCGGCGCGGCCUGCCUGCCGGCGGGUGUGCCUAUCUUUCUCUAAGCGCCACCGGGCGGAACGGCAAAAACAGAGUCGGUUGCAGGCAGCAGCAGCAAGCAGCCCGUAAUUCGCCAGGUCAGGUCCGCCGUGGCUGCGCUGGUUGCGUGGCCGUUGGUGCUGAUAGUUGUUGCGCUGUCAUUGAGAGCGGCGGUGAUUAGGGACACGGAUCGGCAUCGGCCACCAUCGGCCCUUGAGGUUCUUUUUGUCGAGAGGAAAACGUAGGCAAGGGAAAGGCACUGACCGAUAACCUUGCGCAACUUUGUCGAUUCUUGGAACGCCACCGUCUUGAGUCAAGUACCAGGUGGUUUGCACGCAGCCACGGCAUGCAAACUCGUGUGUAGCAUUUAGGACCGCGGAGGGAUGCCUUGGAAGGAGUGGGCGAUUCGCGGUGGACAAAGUUCUCAAAACGGCUUCCCCUUCCUCCCCCUGCAUGCCGCGCGCCCCCAGAUCCAGGAGGUGUACGCGCGGCCCCCCGCCGACCUGCUGUUCGCCGCCACCAACCACGGCCACGCCGCGGCGCAGCAGACAGGGCGCAGCAAGCACGCCAAGGGGGGCGGCAACAAGCACGGCAAGGGCUACCACCACAAGCAGUCCGCGCAGGGCAACGACGGCUACAAGCACUACGACGCCUUCCACACCAAGAGCGGCGACAAGUACGGGUACGAGCAGCACUCGUCGUUCGGCAAGAAGAAGAAGGGCGGCAAGAGCGAGAAGUACGGCGCGGCGCAUGACGCGGGCUUCGCGGGCUCGCACCCCGACGUGGAGGUGGUGCAGCGCGGCCAGCAGGGCGCCGCCAGCCUGCGGCACGGCCCGCGCUCCCAAUCGCUGCAGGACAUGAGCGGGGACGCCUCCGUGGACCACGAGAACACCAAGUACCGCCGCGGCCUCCACGACGACGACAUGUUCUUCGUGUUCUCAGCCGAUGGCAACGACAACCAGGAGGACGGCGAGGGCCAGCAGCAGCAGCAGGCCGCGGACGACGACGACCACGACGACGACGGCGAGGCGGCGGAGCAGCAGGAGGCCGCCGACGACGACGACGAGGACGACGACGGCCAGCGGCAGAAGCAGCAGCAGGAGGCCGAGGAUGACUACGACUACUAGGGCGGGACGCGUCGCGUUCCACCCUAUCCGACCUGUCCGGCCUAGCGCCGAGUUUCCACCUUUCCUUACACUAAGAUUGUGUCCGGUGGGGACAAGGGGGACGCUCCGUUCCGCGUAUUGUGUUCGAUCUAGUCAACCCCUGGCUCUGGCUGCGCUCUCACGGGCCGACGGACAAGGGGGCUAUUAUGUUAGAUUUGAGAUUUAUUUUUGUGUUGUUUUUUUCUGUAUAACUUCUUAUCAUUUCAUCACAGUUUUAUUCAAAAAGAGAAAGGGGAGAAAACAAGAGUCAUCCCGGCCAACCCCCGUGACGCUGGCGAGCGCUCUGGGCGCGGCAUCGCGCUUUCUCUCAGCGCUGUCUCAGCAUUAUCUCUGUUUAGCAACACUUCGUCCUCGUCCACCACCCACCUCUAUAUUUAUGUUACCUCUGACUUGUUACCUAGCGGUUGUUCGUUAAAUGUUGUUUUGUGGUUAUUAAAAACGUUGAAAUCAA